AUGAACUUGCACAAAUGGGGUGCAAACCAUCCUGAACUGCUUGCUUUCGAAAAUAAGGGCAUUACUGAAUAUAGUUUCAGCGAUCAGCCAGAAUGCGAGUCAGUUAAAACUUUAGGUGUUCUUUGGAACACACUUACAGACUGUUUCUUGUUCAAAAUAGAACUACAUGAGAAGGACUCUUACACAAAACGAGAUGUCCUUUCUCUCAUAUCAAGAAUAUUUGAUCCCCUUGGACUGAUUGGCCCUGUUAUAACAAAAGCCAAAAUUUAUUUGCAAAAACUUUGGUUACUAAAAAUAGACUGGUAUCAAAUGUUACCAGACUGUAUAGAAAAGAACUGGAUUGACUUCGUUUCAACGCUCCCAGAAUUGAAAAAUCUCGCAAUUCCGAGGUAUGUCUUUCGAGAAGAAAGCAUUGUGAUUCAUGGCUUCGCUGAUGCCUCUUUAAUGGCCUAUGGAGCAGCGAUUUAUGUGCAAUCGAUUCCAACUGAUGGAAUACCUACAGCUAGACUUCUUUGCAGUAAAUCUAGAGUUGCUCCUUUAAAAUCACUCACCAUCCCACGCCUGGAAUUAAGUUCCUGUCUUCUGCUGGCUCAGUUGAUGCACAAGGUUUUGCCUUCAUUGAAAAUUCCAAUUGAGAAGGUGAUCUUAUGGACAGACUCAAUGAUUUGCCUCGCAUGGAUUGGUAAAUCACCGCAUGUUCUGAAAACUUUUGUGAGUAAUCGAAUAGCUGCAAUCCAAGAACUUACAGAAUCGUAUGAAUGGAGACACAUUUCUUCAGAAGAAAACCCAGCAGAUAUAAUAUCUCGUGGAUUAGAUGCCAAAGACAUUUUGACUUGCAAACUUUGGUGGGAUGGCCCGAGUUUCCUUCGUGAAGAAGGCCCACCAGAUAAGAACAAUUCAGUUGAACUAGACUCCAACAAUGACUAUAUUAGAAAUGCUCGUAAAGAUCAAAUAAGGGUUGUAGGUCCCAUUACCUUGGAGGAAUUAAGGAGGGCGGAGCUAUUUCUGAUUAGGGAGGUGCAAGGAGGUGAGUUUUUCUCGGAAAUUGCAUCCAUUAAGAAAGGAGCGCAAAUCUCCCCCAGAAGUAAACUAAAAGCAUUAAAUGUUUUCUUGGAUAAGGAUGGACUUUUACGCGUAGGUAGUAGAAUCGCUCAUGCUCAGAAGGCAACAGCAGGUAGCAAAGAAAUUACUGUUAAAACUACUAUGAGCGUUUAUUGA